AUGUUACGAGCUCUUGUAGUGGAGAAGAAUGUGUUCAGUGCCUGCGGUCGUGUAGAAACAUCGGCUGGAGGCCAGAGGAAAGUCAGUCUAACUAAAGAGGGCAGCAAACAGCCUGAGAUUGCUACGACAGACAAGGAUGGAGCAUUCUGCUUCACCGCCUCGCCAGGGGUAUAUGUGAUGCAGCCCUUGAUGUCUGAUGCUGAGAAGUCUGCUGGUCUACGUAUCAAUCCAGAAAAUCAGAAGAUCACCAUUGUCUCUACCCCCGUCCUUGAUAUCAACUUCUCUCAGUUCAAAGCAACACUCCGUGGAUCAAUCAAAUGUCUUGAUGUAUGUGGUACUCUACAGGUUAUGGUGGAAUCUAAGGAUGGCAGAGGGUUCAAGAAACCAGUUCCCGUUUCUCAACAAACCAAGCAAGCUGCGUUCAUCAUCAAGGACAUCCUCCCGGGAAAAUAUUCAAUCAGUGUGGUCCAAACCAACUGGUGCUGGACGAAGUCUUCUCUUGAUGUGGAAGUAAUAGACCAAGACAUAGGAGGACUGGAGUUCCAGCAGAAUGGCUAUGUUCUUCACUGUCAUGUCUCUCACCCUAUUGAAUUGCUUUAUGCUCUGGACUCAUCUCCUUCUUACAAGGGUUCAUUCACACUGAAGAAAGGACCAAACCAAUUCUGCUUGGAGAAACCGGGCUCCUACAAACUCAGCCCGAAAUCUUGUCAUCAGUUUGAGAAAGCGGAGUAUGCCUUCCAAACGUCUGCACCUAACAUGUUGACGCUAACAGCUCUCAAACACCAGAUACACGUAGAGAUUACAACAACCCAACCUGUCAUGGAUAUUACAGUCGCAAUCAGCUCUGGAGGUAAAUUGGAACAGACCGUCAAACUAGCACCUCUAAAAUCAAGACAACAGCUGGAGCAAGAGUCUAAACCCCCUGCAAAAAAGACGGGCAAUGAAACGGCCGAGAAAAAGUCUGCACCUCAACCGGCGGGACCUCAGGCUUAUGAUGUCAGCCACUGGGCCGGAAAUGGAGAAGUAUUGGAGAUAGUGCCUUCUUCAGGCGAGUUCUUGUUCUAUCCAUCGACAGUGAAAGUAACAGUGGAAUCAGGUGAGAAGUGUCCGGGAGUGGUUGCAGAAUUUGAGGGACGUCCUGGAGUGUUCAUUACCGGUCAGGUGACUCCGCCCCUCUCAGAUGUCAGGGUGACCAUCACGCCCACAAACCAAGCCGAGGGGUCAACAGAGGGCGCCCUUACACAGAUGACGGACCAAAAAGGACAAUACAGAGUUGGUCCGUUACCGGAUACGAGUGAGUAUGAAGUAGGAGCUUCUCUUGAUGGUUACAUCCUGACGCAGGAGGAAGGCAAGCUGGGAUACUUCAGGGCGUUCAAGCUGGGCAAGAUCAGGAUCGAGGUAGCGGAUGGAGAGAACAGUGCCCUCUCGGGAGUGCUUCUAUCAUUGAGCGGAGGAAACUUCCGUAGCAACAACCUGACCAAGGAUGAUGGUAUCUUGACCUUUGGUGACCUCGGACCAGACACCUACUUCCUGCGAGCCUUGAUGAAGGAGUUUGAAUUUGAACCAAGUACCCAGAUGAUAGAGGUCAGCGAGGGGUCGGUCGUAGACAUCAAGGUCAAAGGUCGUCGGGUAGCCUUCAGCUGUUACGGAUCAGUGACGUCACUAAACGGAGAACCAGAGCCCGGCAUCUCUGUUGAAGCCCACUCAGAGGAGAGCUGCGGUCAGGUCGUAGAGGAAGGUGUGUCGGACGAAGAAGGCAACUUCAGAAUCAGAGGACUCCAGCCAAACUGUGACUACAAGAUCCAGCUGAAAGACUGUGAAAGCAACAGUCAUAUCGAGAGAGCAUCGCCAAAAACACAAACUGUCACUAUUGGCCAGAAAGUGAUCAAGGAUUUGAGGAUCAUUGUGUUCAGACAUCUCAACCAGUUUGAUAUAGGAGGAAAUAUCGUCACUCCGCAUGAAUAUCUGGCAUCAUUGAAGGUGUCUUUAUACAGUGAGGAGGAUCCUGAUUCACCCAUUCAUACUCUCUCGUUAGAGACGGGAAGUUUCUUUCAGUUCUCUGCUGUGCCUAAUGACGGGAGGAGGUACAUGAUAAAGCUUGAGUCCACCUUGCCCAGAUCAAGCUAUGAUUAUACAUUACCAGAAGCAAGCUUUACAAGCACCGGAUACCAGAAACAUGUCACACUGCCGUUCAGUCCUCAGAAACGUGCCGUUGAGCAAGAAGUUAUGCAAGGUUCCUAUUUCGCCCUUCCUCUGGUUGUAGCACUCAUUGCUGUGGGUGUUAACCAUGCCAAGAUCCUGCCAUUUAUACUUCAGUUUGGACAGAGCAUGCGAGGCUUACAGAGCACCGCCCCCGCCAGCAGACCAGAGACGGUCAACGUCGACGCCGAUUUGUCACGGCAACGCAAGAAAGUCAAGCCAAGGAAGACAUGACGAUACUCUGCUUUGUCGUAGAUUUAUGUUAGUAGAUAGUACAAGCUUAAUUAGCCCACCACUGAGUGUGAAUACUUUGUCAAAGUCUGAGAAAGGGUAGUU